CUUUGUUGAUAUAUCAAUCAGAUUCAGGGUGUACCAAAAGGUGUCGAUUUUAAAUAGACAAAAUUACUAGUACAUUUUCAGUUUGUACUAGGUACUUCGCAGAAACAUAGCAUUGCAGUGGGUCUUAAUACUAUUGGAAUGUGCUACAUAUAAAAUUUAACCAAAUGGAGGCAAUGAAGGCUAAAACGAACGUUAACUAUGGGAUUGAUGACUUACCACCAUGGUACUUGAGUAUAUUCAUGGCACUGCAGCAUUAUCUUACAAUGAUUGGCGCAAUUGUGUCAAUUCCAUUUAUCUUAACACCGGCGUUGUGUAUGGAAGAUGAGGAUCCCGCACGCGGAAUCAUCAUAUCAACAAUGAUCUUUGUUACUGGCGUUGUAACAUAUCUACAGACAACUUGGGGAUGUCGACUGCCAAUCGUUCAAGGAGGAACUAUAUCGUUUUUAGUUCCAACAUUAGCAAUUUUGAAUUUACCACAAUGGAAAUGUCCUAGCAAAGAAGUAAUUAGUGCAAUGAGAGUUGACGACAAAACAGAGCUGUGGCAAUCAAGAAUGCGUGAAUUAUCCGGAGCGAUUGCUGUUUCUGCUCUUUUACAAGUAUUCAUCGGAUAUACUGGUUUAGUUGGCAAACUUUUGAAAAUAAUAACACCUCUUACAAUCGUUCCUACUGUGUCACUAGUAGGUAUAACACUAUUCUCUCAUGCCAGUGAAGCCGCUUCCAAACACUGGGGUAUAGCUGUUGCGACAAUUUUUCUAAUGACUCUUUUUUCACAAGUAAUGACCAAGGUUGAGGUUCCUAUUCUCCAAUAUCGCAAAGGUCAUGGAAUAGAGAUGGGAUGGUUCCCUCUCUUUAAACUGUUUCCCGUACUUUUGACGAUCAUUAUUAUGUGGUCACUUUGUGCCGUGUUGACAAUAACCAAUAUAUUCCCAGAAGGUCAUCCUGCACGCACCGAUAUACGGAUUAAAGUAUUGCAUAAUGCCGCUUGGUUUCGUGUACCGUACCCAGGUCAGUUUGGAAUGCCAACUGUAACAUUAACCGGAGUGUUGGGAAUGCUAGCUGGUGUCCUGGCUUGUACGGUAGAAUCUAUUAGUUACUAUCCAACUGUAUCACAAAUGUGCAAUGCACCUCCUCCUCCGUUACAUGCUAUUAAUCGCGGUAUCGCUACAGAAGGCUUAGGUACAGUUCUUGCUGGAUUAUUGGGUUCCGGUAAUGGUACAAAUACGUUUGGGGAAAAUGUCGGAGCAAUCGGUGUAACAAAAGUUGGUAGUCGACGAGUAAUUCAAUGGGCUGCUCUAAUUAUGGUUAUACAAGGUGUACUAAGUAAAUUCGGUGCUGUAUUUAUUAUGAUUCCUGAUCCUGUAGUAGGCGGAAUAUUUUGUGUCAUGUUUGGGAUGAUUGCUGCAUUUGGUCUCUCAGCAUUACAAUACAUUGAUCUACGUUCAGCACGAAAUCUUUAUAUUCUCGGUUUAUCAAUUUUCUUUCCAUUGGCGCUUUGCAUCUGGGUCAAUGAACAUCCUGAUUUUAUAGAAACAGGAAAUGAAACAAUUGACUCAACUCUAUCUGUGCUUCUUGGCACCAGCAUUCUUGUUGGAGGAUGCUUAGGCUGUACGUUAGAUAAUUUGAUUCCAGGAACACCUGAGGAGCGCGGAUUGAUAGUAUGGGCUAAAGAAAUGUCGUUAGAGAUCACAAACGAUGAGUUGACUAUAAAUACUACAUUUGAUUUUCCAUAUGGCAUGCAGACUUUAAGAUGUUGGAAAUGGACUCGCCACAUUCCGUUUUUACCAACAUAUAAAAUGAAUCUGUAAAAGGAAUUAUCUAAAAAAAACUAUAUAAUAAAACAAUCAUAGAUAAUUUAAGCAAAAAUUGGGUAUUUAAAUGUAAUGACACUUUUUGUUUCCGCUUCAAAAUUAUCCUGUCCAGUGAAAAACUCCUGUCCUGGUAGUUGUUCGAAGUUAGCUUUGACAUCGUCCAUUACACAGCAACUGCUUGCGUCAACAGGUUUGAGUACACUCAAAAUAUUUUUCACGUUAUCGUUACUAAAUUUCCUGUACUUAUUCAUUUUCUGUCAUUUUGCAUGAUUUAUGUGACAAACAUAGCAUCUACGUGAAAAUCACAUGCAUACUAUGUUUUAUCACGUAGCAUCUAUGCAACUUGGCAACGUCAAAAAGAAUGAAGUAUCG